CUGCAUCAAGCCAUUCUUCAGAGAGACUAAUGUCUCGGGAUUUGGCUAGUGUUGGCAAGAAAUCAGAUGAGUUUCAUCAUGUGUUUGAGCAUAUGGGUUCAUCACUGAAGGCUAACCCAAAUAUCUCUUCAGGAGAAUUUGCACAGGAGAUAAUCACUUUGGUGCACCAAACUAAAGAAGAUCAUUUUAAGUCUUCUGAGAUAACUUUACAUGACCGCUUUUCAAAGUUACAAAAUGCACAAAGUCCACAAAAAGAGGGAAGAGAUCUUGGUCCCGAGAUUCACAGACAGAUUGACAUAUCAUUGGCAGACUUGCACAACCAAGAACGGAAACCUAUUGGAAGAAAGCCAAGCACAUGGGUUGCAGUAAAUCCAGAUGAUUUUCGCCAUGACAUAGAGAGGAGGAGAAAGGAAAAGUUACAUGGCAAGUAUGAGGAGUCCUUUCAAAAUGAGGAGCGCAAGUUGCUGUCUCACAGAUCUGCAAGGAUUGAAAAAUCUCACUCCUCCACUCAAGUGAAAACAUCAAGAAAGCCGACAACUGAGUUGGUGGAACAUCGAAUGAGAGUAACAAGAAAGCCUAUUGCGAAUUUCUGAAAGGAGUAUACAUCUGGGCGAAAGAAAUUUUACAAUAUUGAGUCGAAGUAUCGACGUCUAUAUGGUGUUGGUUUCGGAUGUACUAAUCCAAAGGUAUUCACCAAACACUUCAAAGAAGGGAUACUGAGAAAAAGAAGAUAUGAAAGAGAAUUAUCCAGCAGUACCACGGACAAGUAAUUGACCAGGAAGUGGAGGAGUUCAAUUCUAUUUAUGAAGAAAAUCUCCAGAGGCUGACUUUAGUUGGAAUAAAUCCUGAUGCCCUGAGCAGCUUGCUGUGAAUCCAAUUUGUUCAUCUUAUUUCACAGUAGUUAGAGGAACUUACAACACUUAAAGUACACUGAGUAAUCUGGACAUUAGUGAAAACAGUUUAAUAGUAUGAGUUAAUG